AUUGGCGGUUCGCCGGUUCGGGUGGUUCGGGCUUCGGGCGGUUCAAUCGCCGGUUAUGUUGCACGGAUCUGAUAUCCGACGAAUUUGAACAAAACAAAUCCUCUCGUCCGCUCCGAAGUCUCAUUUUGGGGUUUUUUCUCCGCUUUUUUUUCUAUUUGUAGAAUAAAUUGUUUGAACCAUGACUGAUAAAGAGGAUAAUUUCGCGUGGGCUCGUCGGCUUGGGUGUCCCACUUCAGCUCUUACAAGUCCUAUAAGGAAAUCGUUGGAACAAGGUAUCUCCAGCUUACUUUGGGACGAAUUAUCCGGAGUUUCAUUACCUGCUGAAGAUGUGCUCAAAAUACGAAAGAAUAUUCUUCUAUACAAACUUACACAUCGAGAAAAGGAUGAGCCAAUUCAGCAUAUCCAAAAUAUUGCGAAGCUGAAGGCAGCAAGAAGUCUUUUAGAUCCACAGAUAGAGAAUCUUGAAAAAAAAUGCAAAAAACAAGAUUUUGUUGUUCGACAAAAGCAGCAACAACUUCACAAAAUAAAAUCGCAAAGGCAUCUGUUAAAAACCAGAGAAGAUCUUCUUCGAAUGAAAUUAAAUCAGACAAAAAAACAGGUGGAAGACUGCGAAAAAGUGCGUUCAAUUUGUCGACAUUUGAAUCCAGCUGAUAAUUGUCAAAUUGAUCCCAAUAUUGUGGACGAAAGCUUAACGCUCGUUAGCACAAUUUCUACAAAAGCUGAUGAAAAAAUGGUCUUUAACAAAUUGUCCACGAAUCUAAAUAAAAUCAGCAUUUCAGCACUUUGGAAUGUUUUAUUAUCAGGACGAAUUCGUGAUACCGAGAAAUUGAUAGAACUUAGUACUGGUGAAAUAAAUGAAGGAACCGUCAACUCAGCUUCAAAUCUCGAUAUCUUGAUAAGCAAGUCACGAGGGGAAUAUAUCACUGCAGUGAUUCAGGAACAUAUACACCGUACCAAAACCGCUGAGCAUGAAAAGGCACUGAUUGAAUACAUUGAAAAAAUUGAGGCUUUGGAUGCAAAAAGCUCGUCCUUAAGGAAAUGGUUGGCUUUGAGUCUUGAAGUUCGACAGCUCGAGACAAAAAAAAAAUGUUUGGAAGAUGAAGUUGAUGAUUUGAAGAAAACAUUGGAAGAAAGGUUCCGUCUUGAAGAUGAACUUAAAAAUCUUGACACGGAAAAACACAAUAUUAACUCAGAGAUGGAGCAAUGCAUUAAGGACAUACAGAAGUCAUUUGUACUCUUGAAACCUGCUGGUUCAGAGAUCAUGAAGAUCAGGGAUCAAAUGCAAGCGGUUUUACAAGAAAUCGUAGCGCUUCGUGAAGAGGAACAAAACAUGAGUUUCUUGAAUGAAGAUUCCAGUACAGAAUUACACAUAUUCCAUGAUACCAUACAACUGGAAGCUUUAGGAAAAAUCGUAUUGAAAAACAAAGUCGGAGCUUACAAGCACAGAAAAUUCUGCACAAGUGCAGCCCUUGAGACCAUGGCUCCAUUGCACGCAGACUAUAUUUCUCAGUUCCCGAUGAUCCAGGCUCCUGUAUAUCAGUUGCUCAACUGCUACAAACUAUUGGUUACCGCCUCUUGGCUAACGAAAUUAGAAGGUGAAGCAAAUACGAACGAACGUUACGAUUUGGGCGAAUGGAUAUCGCCAAUAGCGCAAGAUUCUCCGGAUGACACAAUCGAAAUACUCAACGUUACUGAUUUGACUUGCCACAGAGUACGCGAAGAAAUCGCUCACUUCGAUUCGAUAUUUGAUGCGUGGAAGUAUCAGAGUGUACGGAAAUUAAUGGCACUGGACGAUAGAACUGUAAAUGGUGCAUCAUACAAAGAAUGGAUAAAACGUUACGAACUUAUGCUUCACAUGCUUCGAAAAUUGAAAUGAUAGUUCUUCCUACGUGCCAUUGCUGUUUAUGUAAAAAAAUUCAUUCUAAACUAGCAGAUAGUAAAAACAUUUUUCUAUAUAGAUUAUUAAAUAUUAAAUUUCCUAUAUAGAUUAUUAAACGAGUAGGUUUGUGCGCGAAAAAAACUCUAUGCGAGAAGUACGAGUUGUAAUAGUGUAAAAUAUCGAUAAUUUAUAAUUCAAGAAAAACAUCCUAGCGAUAAAGGCUUUUUGUUUCAUUGUACAUUGAUCAUCGCGAUAUCAAUAGUUAUAUAAUGAUGCGUCAUAUAAUUUUGACACCGCCAUUUUUUUGGAAAAUAAAAAGAUUGUGCAUUCAUAGAAUUGCAAUGAGUCUUGAGACAAUAAAGAUGAUUCAUGUUCUAAGUCGA